GGGAGCGCACCUCACUGUGAGAGCCAUGGUUGACAUGGGGGGCUUGGACAACCUGAUCGCCAACACAGCCUACCUGCAGGCCCGGAAGACCUCGGAAGGAGACUGCAGGGAGCUGCAGCGGCGACGGCGGAGCCUGGCGCUGCCUGGCCUGCAGGGCUGCACGGAACUCCGCCAGGCCCUGGCCCCCAACUUCGAGAGCCUGUGUGAGCAGCAGCCCAUCGGCCGCCGCCUCUUCCGGGACUUCCUAGCCACAGUGCCGACGUACCGACAGGCCGUGGCCUUCCUCGAGGACUUGCAGAACUGGGAGCUGGCUGAGGAGGGCCCCACCAAGGGCAGCACCCUGCAGGGGCUGGUAGCCACUUGUGCGGGUGGCCCUGCCUCAGGGCACCCACACCCCUUCCUCAGCCAAGCUCUGGCCACCAAGGGCCAAGCAGCCACCACCGAGGCAGAGCGAGUGGCCCUGGUGGCGCUGGCCAAGGCUGAGGCCAUGGCCUUCUUGCGGGACCAGCCGUUCAGGGACUUCCUGGCCAGCCCCUUCUACGACAAGUUCCUGCAGUGGAAACGCUUUGAGAUGCAGCCGGUGUCAGACAAGUACUUCGACGAGUUCCGAGUGCUGGGGAAAGGUGGUUUUGGGGAGGUAUGUGCCGUUCAGGUGAAGAACACUGGUAAGAUGUACGCCUGUAAGAAACUGGACAAGAAGCGGCUGAAGAAGAAAAACGGCGAGAAGAUGGCUCUCUCAGAAAAGGAAAUCUUGGAGAAGGUCAGCAGCCCUUUCAUCGUCUCUCUGGCCUAUGCCUUUGAGAACAAGUCACAUCUCUGCCUGGUCAUGAGCCUGAUGAAUGGGGGAGACCUCAAGUUCCACAUCUACAGGGUGGGCGAUAGGGGCCUGGCCAUGAGCCGGGUCAUCUUCUACUCGGCCCAGAUGACCUGCGGGGUGCUGCACCUCCACUCCCUCGGCAUCCUCUACCGGGACCUGAAGCCUGAGAACGUGCUUCUGGACGACCUCGGCAACUGCAGGCUGUCUGACCUGGGGCUGGCCGUGCAGAUGCAGGAUGGCAAGCCCGUCACCCAGAAGGCUGGAACCAAUGGUUACAUGGCUCCUGAAAUCCUAAUGGAAGAAGUGAGUUAUUCCUAUCCUGUGGACUGGUUUGCAAUGGGAUGCAGUAUUUACGAAAUGAUUGCUGGACGAACACCAUUCAAAGAUUACAAGGAAAAGAUCAGCAAAGAGGAGCUAAAGCAAAGAACCCUGAAACAGGAGGUCAUAUUUGAGCACGAUAACUUCACAGAAGAAGCAAAAGAUAUUUGCAGACUCUUCUUGGCUAAGAAACCAGAGCAACGCUUAGGAAGCAGAGAAGAAUCUGAUGAUCCCAGGAAACACCCUUUCUUCAAAACCAUCAACUUUCCUCGCUUGGAAGCCGGCCUUGUUGAACCCCCAUUUGUGCCAGACCCAUCUGUGGUUUACGCCAAAGACAUUGCUGACAUUCAAGAUUUCUCCGAGGUUCGGGGUGUUGAAUUUGAUGACAAAGAUAAGAAGUUCUUCCAAAGAUUUGCAACAGGUGCUGUCCCUGUAGUGUGGCAGGAAGAGAUUAUAGAAACGGGACUCUUUGAAGAACUCAAUGACCCCAACAGGUCCGCAAAUUGUGGGGAAGGUAAUUCAUUCAAAUCUGGAGUGUGUUUAUUAUUGUAA